AUGGAGAAUCCCAAGACAGAGCUGAAUGAAAUCACCAUAAGACCUUCCCAGUGCCCUAAAGUAAACAUGGAUUUGCAAAUGGAGCCGGAGUUAAGCUUCAGGAAAUUAGUAGAGAGUUCAGAGUGUCCAGAACAACUGAAAUACGACUUCAACAAAAAUGGUGAACUGAAGCAUCUAGAUACCAAUGAGCCCUUUGUCUUUAAUUAUUAUAAAAAUGCACAUGAGAGUAACCAUAAACGCUAUCAAGUUCUGGGGCAUCUCAUUACACGGUAUGUUUAUGAGCUCCUGGAAAGAGUCUGCAAGCUUCAGAAAGUCCAUAUCCCAACAGAUGCUACAGAAGAUGAACCCAGGAGUUUAUUUUUCAUCAGUGAGAAAGCAUUAACUAAUUCCUCAAGCCUAAUCGUGCUCCUACAAGACCGUGGAGUCUUUCGGGCUGGUCAAUGGGGGCUGAAGACCAUAAUCCAUGAGGGCCUGGACCCUGGAACUCAAAUACCAUUCAUUAAAACAGCCCUUCAGUGCUAUGGAGGAGUGAUUGUUUUAAAUCCCAAUGACAAUUUCAUUGAUCUGAAGAUGGAAGAUGAGUGGUUAAGUUUAUCUACCAAGGAAGAAUCUUCCACUGUAAAUUCCUCCUGCUGGAUCCCAAAGAGGUGCAGCAGCAGCCCUGAAGAGCACACCAUUUACAUUUGGGAUCAUUUUAUUUCAAAGAGCGCAGCCAAGAAUGUGGCCUUCAUUGCCCAUGGCUACGGAGGCUUGGUUUUCAUCAACCUGCUCAUGCAGAGAACAUGGGAAGUGAUGAAUAAAGUGUAUUCUGUGGCACUUAUUGACUCCAUGCACCACACAUUACACCAGGUGAAAAAUAAUCCACAAGUGCAAGAAUGGAUACAGAAACAUUGCCGUGAAUGGAUAACAAACAGUAAACCUCUAGAUAGACCCACAGGUUCCCUUGUGAAAGUGGACUGUCCUACAGUCUCUGCUGGGACUGAAAAAUACAGUUUAGCACCAUCCUCCACCUUACAGGCCAUUUUCAAGUACCUGAAGAGCACACUGAAAGCUAAGAACACAGUAGCUUUAUCUCGUUCUCCUAUUGUAACAAGGAGCAGCAAAAAUAAGAAGAGAGGCAAUACAUGCUGA